AAUCUCUAUUUCUGUCUUUCCGUCCCAAUCACCCUCCCUCCCAAACAUAGCAGUAGAGUCUGACGGUUACACAAAGCAAACGCUAACAUUACAGGAAGAAUGCAAGGGCGAGGACUGAGCAGGCCAUUAUUGGGCCUUACUAGCAACAAAUUGGGCUCAGUUGGCCCAAUUUUUGGAUAAAUGAACCACGGUCCCUGGUUAGUUGUUAGUGGUUACCACUUCAACACUGGCUAUGGCGCGAGGGGUGAUCCUCUCUACGCCAUGUCUCACUGCUUCUACUUCUUCACUCUUAGCUUCCUUCUCCAAAACCCCACCAAAAAGUUUCAAACUUUCACUCUCCUCGCACCUUCUGCAUCAUCACCAACCAUGCACUCUCCCUCUUACUUGCUGCUUCUCCGUCUCAUCUUCUGAAGCACAAUGCUCAAUCGACUUGUCAAAGUACAGAGAAGCUUUUUCCAGGCGCAUGGCUAUGGCGGGACUCAAACCUCAUCACCGUAUUGCUUUGGGAGUCUCUGGUGGUCCUGAUAGUAUGGCACUCUGUGUCUUAACCGCUGGCUGGAAAACUGCUGGUGCUAAUGCUGUCAACACUGACAGUGGUGGUUUCAUUGAUGGUCUAUUGGCAAUUAUUGUUGAUCAUGGACUGCGUGCAGAGAGCAAAGAGGAGGCCAACAUUGUUUGUUGCCGUGUUUCCAAAAUGGGAAUCAGAUGCGAGAUUGCCAACUGUGAUUGGUCAAGUGGCAAGCCGAAACAGGGUCAGUUGCAAGAAGCUGCUCGUGAUAUGAGAUAUCAAAGCUUUCAAAAAGUUUGUGCUGAAAACCAGAUUGGCAUACUACUUGUUGCACAUCAUGCAGAUGAUCAGGUUUGCCUUGCCAUACUUUGUUUAUACCUAUAUCUCCAUUCUCUCAGUAUGUGAGGGUGAAUUACAUUGCAUUUACAUGGGAGGCUAGUAGCUCUUGACACAAGCUUUUGAAAUAGGUCUCACCCUUAUGGUUGUAAGCAGUUAUAUAACAUGUUCAAUAAUGUGAUGCAUAUAUUAAGUCAAUAUUUUGGAGAAGUAUUUGGACUUUUUCAUUAGAAAUAAGCAAAUUGAGUUGUUUUAUGAAUUAAAGGCUUGUUCAAAUUUAGACUUGUAGUG